CAAAAAAGCCUAAGAGCAGCAGCAACAACAACAUGGAUGCCGAGACGCCAGCACAAGUAGAGAAAAAUCAGACUGCGACAGUUCCAAAAGAGGAAACUGUGGAGAGAGGAGCGACAGGUGAAACCGCAGGUGGAGGAGGAGGUGGAGCAGCCAAGAAAGAGGAUCACGAUGCCGAGUAUCAUCCGCCUACAAGCUAUCUGGAGACGAUUGUGCACCUGUUCAAGGGCAACAUUGGACCCGGCCUGUUCGCCAUGGGGGAUGCCUUCAAGAACGGAGGUCUGCUGGUGGCCCCACUUCUGACCAUCGUGAUAGCGGUGGUCUCCAUCCACUGCCAACACGUCCUGGUGACCUGUUCCAAGAAGAUGAGGGAUCUCAAAGGCGAGACUGUGUGCGCGGAUUAUGCGCAGACGGUGGAGCAAUGUUUCGAGACUGGUCCAUCGAAGUUGAGGGGCUGGUCCCGCACGAUGGGACGUCUGGUGGACAUAUUCAUUUGUGUGACCCAGUUGGGCUUUUGUUGCAUCUAUUUUGUGUUUAUCAGCACGAAUCUGAAGCAGGUCCUGCAAGCCUACGACAUUGACAUGAACGUCCAUCUGGUGAUGCUGCUAGCCUUUGUACCCGUGCUCCUCAGUUCGCUGAUUACGAACCUCAAGUGGCUAACGCCCGUGUCGAUGUUUGCCAACGUUUGCAUGAUCCUCGGAUUGGCCAUAACCCUGUACUAUGCCCUCAAGGACGGACUGCCGGAGGUGGAGGAACGCGCCCUCUGGACGAACGGCUCACAGCUGGCCCUCUUCUUCGGCACCGCCAUCUUUGCCUUCGAGGGCAUUGCCCUGGUGAUGCCGCUGAAGAACGCCAUGCGAAAGCCGCACCAGUUCGAGCGACCCUUGGGUGUGCUCAAUGUGGGCAUGUUCCUCGUCUCCGUCAUGUUCAUGUUCGCCGGAUCCGUGGGCUACAUGAAGUGGGGCGAACAGGUGGGCGGCAGUCUGACCCUCAACCUGGGUGAUACCAUUCUGGCCCAGGCCGUCAAGCUGAUGGUCUCCGCCGGCGUACUUCUGGGCUAUCCGCUGCAGUUCUUCGUGGCCAUCCAGAUCAUGUGGCCCAGCGCCAAGCAGAUGUGCGGCAUCCAAGGACGAUCGCUGAUCGGUGAGCUGGGCUUCCGCACCUGUAUGGUCCUGGUGACCCUUGCCAUCGCGGAAAUGGUCCCUGCCCUGGGACUCUUUAUCUCGCUGAUCGGAGCACUUUGUUCAACUGCUUUGGCCCUGGUAUUUCCGCCCGUCAUCGAGCUGAUCGCGAGGAGUGAGCAGAAUAAGGGUCCAGGCGUCUGGAUUUGCGUGAAGAAUCUCGUCAUCCUGGUGAUGGCACUGCUGGGCUUCUUCACCGGAUCCUACGAGAGUCUCAAGCAAAUUGUCAAGCACUUCGGCGAGGAGUAAUUUUGAGGAAAACAUCAAAAAACUACAUAGGAGAAGCAGAUAAGCUGAAGAUCAUCACUAUAGUAGCAUCUCUAAAAGAAACAAGGAUCUUCCAAGACUCAUAAUUUUUAAAAUACCAAACGGAGUUUCCAGAAAACCACCAGAUCAUUGAUAAUGUACAAUUGAUCAUUGGUCCUUGCUGGGACAGUAAGUGAACGUUAAAAGAAUUAUCCCUAUAUGAGAUAAGAACGACAAAUUAGAUCAUUAUUACAAUUGUAUCACCAGAAAAGUCAUGGAUCAUUAGAUUACCAUAAAAAUAUUUAUAAUCCUAAAUAGAGCAGAGGCUCAUCCAAGAAAAAACCCGGAUUCUGCGACGGAUCAUAAGAUCAAUAAAAGUUCAUUAUUAUAUUCAAGAAUGAUAAGGAAUCAAUAAAGUUAACUAGGACGAACAUUACAGGAAUAUCAGAAGAUCAUCAGUAUCAAAACACGAUGUUAAUCGAACCUCAAAAUAAAAUCAAAGCUUUAUUUAGAGAUUGUGGGAAAACAAUCAAUAUAAAAACAGGAUCACCAAAAAAGGAAUGCAAAAUCAAAGUAUCAACAAACUUUAUUUGGAGUAUUAUCAAUAUAUCACAAUUAAAACAUUGUGCUACUAUUAUCCUUAAUUACCUAAAUACAUAACAUGUUUGCGAAUUUAUUAUUAACAAAAAAAAUCACACAUACACAUAUAUAUAUCUAAGUGCCUCUUAUUGUGUCUUAGUGAGCGUGCAGCGCAUUUUACUUAUUAUAAUUGAUUAUUUUUUUUAUAGAUAUUAAGUGAGAAUAAACGAUGCGACGUUCGUUUUGACGUCAUCGCAAAAUGA